AGCACUGCACUGCAGGUUUUUAGACAGGUUUUGAAGGAAGAAAUAACACAUUUGGCUAUGUCUCUUAGUAAAGACCUUAUAUUCUUGAUAUUGCAAUUCUGCAAUGAGGAGAACCUCACGAAAACUGCUCACAUGUUAGGGCAGGAGACAGGGUUUUUCUUUGACAUGGGACAUCUUGAAGCUCUAGUGCUCGGUGGCAAGUGGGAUGAGAUUGAGAACUACCUUUCAGGUUUCACUGGUGUCACUGACAGCAGAUAUUCUAAAAAAAUGUUUUUUGAGAUUAGGAAACAAAAGUUCCUUGAGGCACUCGACAGGCAAGAUCGUAAAACUGCUCUUGAGAUCCUUAUGAAAGAUCUUCAAGUGUUUGCCGAGCCAAAUAAAGUGCUUUAUGCAGAGAUGACUCAGCUUCUUACAUUCGAUGACUUCAGAGAACAUCCUUCACUUGCUUUAUAUGGAGACACAUUAACUGCUAGGAACCGCAUAAUGAAGCUACUUAAGGUUGUCAUUGAAUCAAGCCCCCAGUUUCAUGGAAGACUCGACUUUCCAGAAUUAACCAAGUCAAGAUUGCGCCGUCUAAUUAAUCAAAGCUUGAACUGGCAGCAUAUUCAUUGUGCAAAGCCUCAGCAAGAACCGGAGAUCAAAACACUCUUCGCUGAUCAUAAGUGUUCCAUACCUGAAGAUCAGUCGGUUACGCAAAUGCCAAGGCCUAGCCAAACCAUAUCGGCUGCAACCCCAGAUCAGUCUGUUAUGCAAAUGCCAAGGCCUAGCCAAACCAUAUCGGCUGCAACCCCAGAUCAGUCGGUUACGCAAAUGCCAAGGCCUAGUGAAACCACAUCGGCUGCAAACCAAGAUCAGUCGGUUACGCAAAUGCCAAGGCCUAGUGAAACCACAUCGGCUGCAAACCAAGAUCAGUCGGUUACGCAAAUGCCAAGGCCUAGUGAAACCACAUCGGCUGCAAACCAAGAUCAGUCAUUUACGCAAAUGCCAAGGCCUAGUGAAACCACAUCGGCUGCAAACCAAGAUCAGUCAUUUACGCAAAUGCCAAGGCCUAGCAAAAGCAUAUCAGCUGCAAACCCUGAUCAUCGACAAAUAUUUUCUAGUUCGUCCAUUGUAACUGAUGACAUAGCUUCUGCUUCUACUUCGAAGGCUGUUCAGGAUUCUGGUAAUUUAUCUGAUGUAAACACUACAAGGGAUAUGAACGAGAAAGUGUUAUCCACAACUGCUCCUUGUCAAGACCAGGAUGCAUCGGUUAACCUCUCGGAUGACUUUCCGAAGACCGUUGAACGUGUUUUAACCAUUGGCGCCAAUCCACCAACGACCAGUGAUUAUCCAACAAUCAGUAGCAAUUAUCCGACGGUCAACUAUUAUCCAACCACAAUGGAUUUUCACCCUGUUCAACAGACACUUCUGAUAGUUGGAGACGGUGGUGGAGGCGUAGAGCUGUGGGAUGUUAGUUCUGGAAAAAUGUUGUUUAGAAGAACGUUAAUGAUGUGGGAAGUAGAGGCUUUUUCAGCUGAAUUUCUGAAAAGUAUGGGUGAAGAUCCGAGGAUCUCAGUCAAUCGAGUCCUAUGGAGUUCCGAUGGCUCUCUCUUUGGGGUUGCAUCCUCUAAGAACAUUGUUCAACUAUAUAGUUAUCAUAAUAAUGUCAAUCAUGCUGAAAACCAUCUGGAGAUUGAGGCUCAUUAUGGCAGUGUAAAUGAUCUUGCAUUUUCUAAGCCAAAUAACCAACUUCUUGUCAUAACGUGCGGUGAGGACAAGUUGGUCAAGGUCUGGAAUACUAACAAUGGUGCUAGACAAUAUACUUUUGAAGGUCAUGGAGCGCCCGUUUACUCUCUUUGCGCUCACGUGAAGGAAGAUGUUCAUUUUAUAUUUUCAACAUCAACUAAUGGUGAAAUAAAAGCAUGGGUGUAUGAAAACUCGGGACCAAGUGUUUCUUAUGAGGCUCCUAGUAAAUGUUGCAUGAGAAUGCUUUACAGUGCCAAUGGUAAAAGGCUUUUUUCAUGUGGGACUAAUAAAGAUGGAGACUCGUACUUGGUGGAAUGGAAUGAAAAUGAUGGUUUCAUAGAAAGGACCUACCUCGGACUUGGCAAAUGUUCUUCGGGUGUUGUGGAAUUUGAUAUCAGCAGGAAUAACUAUGUGGCUGCUGGAGAUUCCCAUGUAAUCAAAGUUUGGAAUGUAAAUGAUGCUCAACUCUUGACAGUUGUCAAUGCUGGUGGAGACCUUCCUGCAAGUCCAUAUGUUCGAUUCAACAAGAAUGGCACUUUAUUGGCUGUCUCUGUGGAUCAGAACAGUAUCAAAAUCUUAGCAAAUGAUGGUGGCCGCAUUUUUCUUCAAACUUCAUUGGAUGCCUCUACAUAUCUAUCUACAAGAGAGAUUGCAGGCAAUUCCCUAAGUGGUCCUGCUAAUAGUAGCCCGAUUGAUGGCAUUGUCCCUCCGGAAAAGACAGCAGAAAACCUGGCAAGUAUGGAGCAUCACAAGAUAUUAGGGAAUCCGAGCACCUCUAAGGUCGUCCAAAUUUCACGAUGUCAAUCUUUGAGGCUCCCCUCGGAAGUGAAGACAAAUAAGGUGUGUAGGUUAGCAUAUACUCAGGCAGGAAAUAUGCUUGUGGCCUUAGUCGCAGAUGGUAUUCAUCUACUCUGGAAAUGGUCGGAGAGUGAUUCUAAUUUGACUGGCCAGACAACACCAAAAUGCACUCCUCAACUAUGGCAACCACGGAGUGGGCAGAGUGGGGUGGUUUUGAAGAACAGUCUGCCCAGUGGUGAUGCAGGAGCAGUUUCACCUUGCAUAGCUUUAACCAAUAAUGGUUUUUAUGCACUUUCGGCAUCCGGAGGAGCAGUUUCUAUAUUUAACUUAAACCUCUACAAGAAAAUGAAAAGUAUCACGCCUCCUACACCUGCAGCAACAUGUAUUGCUUGCCACCCGACUAAUAACAAUGUGAUUGCUGUUGGGAUGGAUGAUUCGACAAUCAUUGUCUACAGUGUCCGUUCGGAGGAGUUCAUAAGCAGGCUUCAGGGACACUCAAAAAGGAUUACUGGACUUGCAUUCUCUAACACACUGAAUGUGCUUGUUUCUUCAGGAGCAGACUCUCAGAUAGUGGUGUGGAAUUCAACUAACUGGGAGAGGGAGGGAAGUACAAUGUUGCAGAUGUCUGCAGACUGGUUACCAACAGAAGUAUCAGAGACAUCUGUCGAAUAUCAGCGAGAUGAGAAAUGCUUCCUUGUCGUACAUGAGACUCAAAUUGCAAUCUAUGAAACAACAAAGCUAGAAUGUGUGAAGCAGUGGAUGAUCAAAAACUUCUGUGCACGAAUUUCACAUGCAACAUUUUCAUGUGAUAGUGAGUGGAUAUAUACUAUUAUGAAAGACGGGAUCGUUUUGAUACUGUCUGCUUCAGAUCUCUCCCCCAAAUAUGAGAUUGAUCCUUCUACUUUCCUCACUUCUGAUUUGAGUUCUCAUGUGUUCCCUGUGGUGGUUGCUGCUCAUCCUCAAAAUCCAAACCAGUUAGCUUUGGGUUUAAACGACGGUGGAGUAGUCGUUAUUGAACCUUCAGAGUCUGAUGGUAGAUGGUGUGAGCCACCCAAGGCGACGACUCAACCAAUAUAGCAGUAGUUCCAUUCAUUUGAUGAUUUCUCAUCACUUAGAGCUGCUUCUUGCUAUUGGCAAACUAUAACUAUAUUGAUUUUAGUUUCAUAAAGAUUAUAGUAUAUAUGGAAAACUAUUCAUAUACUCUUAUAUAUUGUUUUUAUGUUUCAUGAAAGGCCUCUCUUCAUUCACU